AUGCCGCAGGAUCAGGACAACCACAACCCCUCGCUGACCACUUCUCCACCACGCAAACGUCGCCGGCCCCCCAAGUCCUGUGACCCGUGUCGUCGUCGCAAAUGCUUCUACCGCGCAGCGGUCGCUGGCAGCAGCCCCUCCGUAGACGAAGUCUCCAGGCUCACGGCUUCUUCCGUGCCGGAGAGAAAUACGCCUCUUUCCCUAGUCGUUGACCCGCAGACCCAGAGCCGUCCACCUGCACUCGCACCGCCAUCGCAGCCUCAGGACCAGAAUCAGUAUCAAAAUAAGAUCAUCCAGGAUCUGCAAAGUCGUGUUCGGCGUUUGGAAGAACAGCUUCCCGGCCCUCAGCUCUCUCGAGGGACGACCAGUCCCAAUCCCAGCGUCGCUCAAACUCAGGCUCUGCGCCACCUUCACGACCUGGUUCUCGGGGCCGAACAACAGCUGUCUGAUGCAUCUCGUCCCAGUCCUUCGGCAAACGGAUGGGCCAUACCAGUUACCCUUCCUCGUCUGCGUAUCGCCCCCGACAAGACGAAGCUUUUUGGCCCCAGUCACUGGCUGCAUACCGCCGAGAAAUUUCAAGUCCUGGGCAAAUUCGACACCAAAGAAGUAGAACCGUCGCUGCAGGAUGUGGAUACCAGAUCGGAAUUCGCCAGCAUCUUCGACUGUCGGCAACUACGCCAGGCCAUCAAGGACCAAGAGUCGGUCCGACUCAAUCAUCCAGUUCCGGACUUGCUGGGCACGCUCCCGGCCCAGGCAGUGUGUGAUGUUCUGGUCAAUGCUUAUUUCCGCACUUUCGAGCUUAUCUACCGUGUUAUUCAUGUCCCAUCCUUCUGGAAGGAGUAUCGUCAGUUGUGGACCCAGCCGCAGUCCACCCCGACCCAUUUUCUGAUGAAGCUGGUCUUGAUUCUCGCCCUGGGUACUACGUUCUACCCAGAUCGAAACAAUAGGGUGCAUCUCCGCCGUCUCGCACACACGUGGAUCCAUGCUGCACAAUGGUGGCUAGUCGGACCAUCGGAAAAGUCGACCGUCAAUCUGGAUGGCCUGCAAGUCGGUUGUCUCCUAUUGCUGGCCCGCCAGACAAACAGCCUUCCAGGCACGAGCUGGCUCUCCGCACCGUCCGUGCUGCAUAUGGCCAUGGCGAUGGGACUACACCGCUCUCCUGACCUCUUUCCCGCGCUGUCCGUUUACCAGUCCGAAAUGCGAGCCCGACUCUGGGCGACGGUGCUAGAAUUGACUUUACUGUCAUCGCUGGAUGCCGCCAUGCCAUUACCGUUCUCCCUACCAGAGUUUGACCGCACUGCGUCGUCAAACUUGAAUGACGAGCAGUUCGACCCCGAGACUGAGACGCUUCCCACCCCGCAGUUGAACCAGCACUUUACCGACUCGUCCAUUCAGACUMUGCUGCUCAAGUCGCUUCAGGUGCGAGUAGAAGCAGUCCAGCUUGUGAACAACCAACACUGCCAGGAACUGUCAUACGAAAACGCAUUGAGGUUGGGAAAUGAAUUGCGAUCGGCGUGUCGCGAUAUUGCCGCCUUGUUCUACACCAGUCAAAAUCAGUCAAGGCAUGGGGGCCGCACUCCGGGCAUGGCUGACUUCCAUCUCCGGUUUCUAGACACAUACCUACGUCGAUAUAUCUUGUUCCUGCAUCGGCCGUUCAUGAUCCAAGCUCGUAGAGACCCACGAUUCUACCUGUCCCGGAAGGUGUGUCUGGAGUCCUGCAUCGUGGUUGCAUCAUAUGCCAAUCAUCUCAAUUUACCGUCAGACACCUUGGAUGACCUCUCUCACCUGACCAUUGUAGGAAGAGGUUCGUUCAAAGGUGCCUUGAGUUUUGAUGUGAUCACCUCCCUGGGGUUGGAAAUUGUCACACAACUUGAAGAGGAGGCUUCAACACGGCCCGUGGGAUCUUCUCCCCCAUUUAUCGCCGAUUCUCAGGAUAAAAUGGCCGAGGCCCAUCGAGAGCCCUUGAUCCAGAGCUUACAACCAUUCAAGAGCAGCUGCUGCAGAUUAUCGCCCUCGGAAAUCCCAGUCUUAAGCGAUACAACUUCCUGUCCGCCAUCUUGA